CUCAGUCUUUCUAUUUUUUCCUUUUCCUUUUUGUUUCUUUUGUUUUUGGUGUUCUUUGGAAGGAGUAAAUUUAUUGUCUUCCUGUUGUGUUAAUGAUGAUGGUGUAUAUGCAGAUCCAUACAUAAGUGAGACUAUUUUUAGUAUUUAAUCUGGCUAGAUGGUAUCCUUUGCUUCAAGCAGAGAUGUGCUUAAUAUGUAAAAGCACUCGAUAGAUUUCUGUUUGAAGCCAACUUGCUCACUUGCUUGGUUGCUCUUGCUGUGCAUUCAAGCCUUAUACAUUCUGAAAACUCACUAGGACCAUAAGUGUGUAGAUCUCGAGGGCUAUCUGUCAAGUGCAACAUCAUCCCAAAUCUCGAAUAAGUUGGGACUUCCAUGCCUAAACCCAAUAAUCAGGCUUUCCCUUCUUUUAAGCUUGGAUGAAUGAUUGAAUAAUUUGAGUUGCUCCCAAGAUACUCUGACUCAGCUCUCUUGUUUUUAUAUUUUCAUUAUGAGUACUUAGUUGUUCUAUAUUUGUUAAUUGCCAUCCCCAUUAAGAGUGUGAGUCAAGAUUAAUAUUGAAAUGUGGAACUGAUGAUGGUGUUUUUGUAAUGCGAUAGAAUUAUAAUCUAUGAGCAGAAAUGAUAUCCAAAUGCCAAAUCAGCGGAGUUGACAUUUAUAGACGAUCCGAGCUGCGAAAUCUGCAUGUUGCACUUGGCUUCUUGUCAAUUCCAUGGCUUAUACAGGCAGUAGCCUGUAUGGUAAGAAGGAGUGGAAUCCAACAGAGAAGGAAUUCUUUUGAAGACGGUGUAUAUGGAACAACCUGCCCUAUUCCACCAGGAAAGAACUUCACAUACAUUCUUCAGGUCAAGGACCAAAUAGGAAGCUUCUAUUACUUCCCUUCUCUUGCAUUCCACAAAGCUGCUGGUGGUUUUGGAGGGAUCAGGAUCCUUAGCCGACCACGGAUUCCGGUUCCCUUCCCAGAUCCUGCUGGGGAUUACACUGUUCUUAUUGGAGAUUGGUACGAGUCUAAUCACACGGUUUUAAAAGCUCAUCUGGAUGGUGGUAAGAAGCUGCCUUUCCCUGAUGGAAUCCUUAUCAAUGGUCGUGGACCUGGUGGUGCCUCCUUCAAUGUUGAACAAGGAAAAACCUACAGGCUUAGGAUAUCAAAUGUUGGAUUGCAAAAUUCUCUCAAUUUCCGCAUCCAAAACCACAGGUUGACUUUGGUGGAAGUGGAGGGAACACACACUCUGCAAACUACCUACUCUUCAAUAGACAUUCACCUUGGCCAAUCAUGCUCUGUUUUAUUUACAGCUGAUCAGCCCGCACAAGACUACUACAUUGUGGUCUCCUCUCGCUUCACCAACCCGGUCCUCACCACUACAGGAACUCUUCGUUAUAGCAAUUCUGCUGGCCCUGUAUCUGGUCCUCCUCCUGGCGGACCUACGAUCCAAAUUGACUGGUCUUUGAACCAGGCCCGCUCUAUCAGGACUAACCUUACAGCAAGUGGACCAAGGCCUAAUCCACAGGGGUCAUACCACUAUGGUCUCAUUAACACAACCAGAACUAUCAGACUUGCAAAUUCUGCCGGUCAAGUUAAUGGCAAGCAAAGAUAUGCAGUUAACAGUGUUUCCUUUGUUCCAGCAGAUACUCCUCUUAAACUUGCCGACUAUUUCAAAAUUGAAGGAGUUUUUCGCAUAGGAAGCAUAUCCGAUAAUCCUUAUGGCGGAGGGAUAUACCUUGACACUUCAGUUAUGAACGCUGACUAUAGGGCUUUUAUUGAGAUUGUAUUUCAGAAUGAUGAGGACAUUGUACAGAGCUGGCAUCUUGAUGGCUACUCAUUCUUUGUUGUUGGUAUGGAUGGAGGGCAAUGGACAGCAGCUAGUAGGAACGGAUACAACCUCCGUGAUGGAGUUUCACGUUGUACCACUCAGGUGUAUCCCAAGUCAUGGACUGCCAUUUAUGUUGCACUUGACAACGUAGGAAUGUGGAACUUGAGGUCUGAGUAUUGGGCAAGACAGUACCUUGGACAACAGUUUUAUGUACGUGUGUAUACAACCUCAGCUUCACUCAGGGAUGAAUACCCGAUCCCCAAGAAUGCACUACUUUGCGGUAGGGCUAGUGGCCGAAGCACCCGACCCUUGUAAGCUAGCAUAGAAUAAAGGACCUAGACUUGGGUAGAGAAAACCUGUCCAGCUCAGGUGGAUGAAGAUUGAAUAGCAGAGUUUUGCCUUAUAAUCUUAUUAUUUAGCCCAUUAAUUGUGCUAAUGUGAGCAUGUAUGAUUAGAACUUUAAAAUUAAUAGACCUCAGCUCGAGGUCGCAUUCUUUCUUACUAUAAAUUUGUAUUCCGACCAUUAAUUAUUAUCAUAUCAUAUUUAUUGUUAUGUUUGUUAAUCAAGUAUUAAAUUAACCUAAUGUAAUGGUUGCAACAGCUUUGGCAUGAAUUCAGCCAAAUUUGUUUGUUUCUAAUAUGCAUUUCAACUUUCCAAUCGUUGAUGGUACUGCUUUCACAUACAAGGAACACGGAAAAUUCAACGAAGU